AAAGAAGACGUAGUGCGCGUGCCCGCCCAGGAGUAGGCUUUGAGAAGAAAGAGUGUAACCAUCGUCAUCAUACUUGUCAUCUUCCACGGAGAGUUUUAGGAUUUUUUCAAGCCGGCUAAGGCAGAUAUAGUGUGGCUGUGCUGAGCUUCCUUACUGCUACCCCUCUGGUCUCCGGCAGAUCACGUUUCUGUUUCUCAUGCGUGAUUGGAAAGAUAAACACACUCGUAGCUCGGGCGGCUUGGUCUCUCUGCAAGGUAGCCAUUAACAUACUGGGAGGCGACUGGCAGGAGGCGAAGAGUCUGCUGGAGGAGCAUCUCAGCAGCUGUAGUAAGAAACAUCGGUUCUUCAUCAAAGGCAAAAGAAGGGGAAGCGUGCCGAAACCUCUGCAAAUUUUUGACCUCAACAAAAACCAACCAAUGCCAGCAAGUAAAGAUGAACGAGUUGUGAUCCCUGUGGAGAAGACUUUCAUCACUAUGAAGAAGGCCAGAAGACGCCAGCGCAUUGACAGUGGAGACAGAAGCUUCACGUGCGAUCAGUGUGGAAAGGCUUUUUCUGACAAUGGCAACUUAAAAAGACAUCAGCUGGUCCACACUGGCAUUAAACCAUUCAGCUGCGAUCAGUGUGGACAGGCUUUCACUCGUAAUAGCAGCUUAAAACAACAUAAGCUCAUCCACACUGGAGUUAAACCAUUCAGCUGUGAUCAGUGUGGAAAGACUUUCACUGAGAAUGGCAACUUAAAAAGACAUCAGCUCGCUCACACUGGAUUAAAACCAUUCAGCUGUGAUCAGUGUGGAAAGACUUUCACUCAGAGUGGCAGCUUAAAAAAACAUCAGCUCAUCCACACUGGAUUAAAAGCAAUUAGCUACAAUCAGUGUGGAAAGUCUUUUUCUCCGAGUAAUGGCUUAAAAGAACAUAACCUCGUCCAUGCUGCAGAUAAACCAUUCGUCUGUGCUCAGUGUGGAAAGUGUUUCACUGAGAAUGGCAACUUAAAACAACAUCAGCUCGUCCACACUGGCAUUAAACCAUUCAGCUGCGAUCAGUGUGGAAGGACUUUCACUAAGAAUAGCAGCUUAAAAAAACAUCAACUCAUCCACACUGGAUUAAAACCAUUUAUCUGUGAUCAGUGUGGAAAGUCUUUUACUGAAAAUGGCAACUUAAAACAACAUCAGCUCAUCCACACUGGAUUAAAACCAUUUAGCUGCGAUCAGUGUGGAAAGUCUUUUUCUCAGAGUAACGGCUUAAAAGAACAUCAGCUCAUCCACGCUGGAUUAAAACCAUUUAUCUGUGAUCUGUGUGGAAAGUCUUUUACUUAUAGCAAAAGCUUAAAAGAUCAUCUUCUCAUCCACACUGGAAUUAAAUCAUUUAUCUGUGGUCAGUGUGGAAAAGCUUUUACUCAGAGUACAACUUUAAAAAAACAUCAGCUCAUCCACACUGGAAUUAAACCAUUCAGCUGUGAUCAGUGUGAAAGGACUUUCACUAAGAAUAGCAGCUUAAAAAAACAUCAACUCAUCCACACUGGAUUAAAACCAUUUAUCUGUGAUCUGUGUGGAAAGUCUUUUACUUAUAGCAAAAGCUUAAAAGAUCAUCUUCUCAUCCACACUGGAAUUAAAUCAUUUAUCUGUGGUCAGUGUGGAAAAGCUUUUACUCAGAGUACAAAUUUAAAAAAACAUCAGCUCAUCCACACUGGAAUUAAACCAUUCACCUGUGAUCAGUGUGGAAUGUCUUACUGUCGCAUGAGUUCCUUGAAGGAACAUCAGGCCAUCCACACUGGCAUUAAACCAUUUGUCUGUUGUCAGUGUGGACAGGGUUUUGGUCGCAUGGAUGCUUUAAAAAAUCAUCAACUAAUCCACACUGGAGUUAAUUAAUUUUUUAUUGGUCAGUGCUGAAAGGCGGCCACUUCUAUAUAAACAUUUUAAAAAAUCACAUUGUUCACACUGCAGUUAUAGUGUGUAUUUAAUUGUGGUAAUUGUGAAAUUUGUGGAAACUCUUUCAUUUAUAACAAAUGUUAUAGAGGCAUCAGCAAAUCCACAACAUAUGUCCUGCUAUGACAAAACUGGCAGACCAAUGUGACAUUACUCUGACAAAGUUCUUUUGGACAUUAAGUUUGAAGAGGCUCUACCGAUUGCAGACUCCUAUACCUGUCAUUGUACUGGGUCUUUGACCCAGUGUUUUGUGCUUUUGGACAUUAGCAUUCCAUUUUAUUGAAUAUUGUAAUAUUUAAUGUUUAUUUCUAUUUAUGUUCUUUUAAUUGUUUUUCUGCUUGAUGUAAUAUUUGUGAUUUCUAGUCUUUUGGUUCUGUUAUCGUACCUCCCCUCUUUUUCACAUUCUGUGUAAGCAAUGGCAAUCCUAGCCUUCUUGGUCCCCUGGGUGAACACCCACUCUGCCCCCACACUCACAGAUAAAAUAUAUGUAUGUUUUAUGUCUAUAUAUGUAUAUUAAGGAUUGUACAUGCAUAUAAAACAUAUUUUACUGUAAAAA